GCCAGUGGCGUAUGGACUCCGGGAAGCCGGCAGGAGCAGAGGCCGGCGUGUCCCUGCUUGAUGCCCAGUCCGCCUGGCCGUGCCCUCCACCUGCACCCGCAGCGCGUCCCUUCAUUGUUGAGGGGCGGGGGGCGGCAACUUGAAUAGGCAGAGCCCUGACUCUUGGCGGACAGGGAAGUAUUUAGGGGCUGAGGGGUGUCCCCAGGCCCAUCGGCAGAGUAGCUGCAGCAACAGGACCUGGGGCCCUGGGGUUCAGCAGCGGGGCCCUGGGGUUCAGCCCCAUAGCCGGAUGCCUCAGGGUAGGGAUGAGAAUGGCGGGCUGCGGAAGAGGGAGGAGAGGCAGGUGUCCGCACGCAUGGCGACAGCUGACACACGCGUGGAGACAGCUGGCACACGCAUGGAGACAGCCGACCGUGGUGAGGCGGCCCCUGAGGCCCCAGAGCCCACCCGCAUCGACGUGCACAUCCACCAGGAGUCAGCUCUGGCCACGCUCCUGAUCCGCGCCUGCUCCCAGCUUCCGUCCCCCACCCCGGAUGCCGUCUCCCGGACCAGGGGCCGGAGCCGGCUGCUGGUGGCCUCCUGGAUGGUACAGAUCGUGCUGGGGGUGCUGAGUGGCACGCUGGGAGGCUUCCUCUACUUCUUCCACUUCUGCACCUUGCGUGGCUCUGGAGCUGCCCUCUGGACAGGGGCUGUGGCUGUGCUGGCUGGAGCCGUCGCCUUCAUUUACGAGAAACGGGGCGGCAUCUACUGGGCCUUGCUAAAGACCCUGCUCGCCCUGGCAACUUUCGCCACGUCCAUUGCCGCCGUCGCCAUUGGGGCUCGUUAUUUCCACGAGUACAAGUUUCAUUUUAGAGACUAUAUCUGUCAGGUCUCCUCAACGGGUUUGUCCUGGGGCGCUGCGCCCUGGACCACUCCAAGUCCAGAAGAAACCAGAAGACUGCACCUGUGCCUUUCCUACCUGAGCAUGCUGAAGGCCCUGUUCAUAAGCUUUCAGGCCAUGCUGUUGGGUGUCUGGGUUCUGCUGUUUCUGGCAUCUCUGGUCCCCCUCUGUCUGUACUGCUGGAGAAGGUCCCAAAGUAAGAAGGAAACAGACCAGAAAAAACUGCUGCAAGUGAGGGAAGCCCAGCUGUGCUUCUCCUGAGUGCCCAUGCCUGGUCUCUCCCUGGACUAGGCAUCCCUGCCUCUGGCUCCUGGGAGAAGGACCGGUCUGGGGAAGGAGCCUGCACUAGCUCCGCUUGUCCUUCCGCCACCCCACCGCGGCCAUGGCCACGGCCACCAAUCGUGAUACCAGUCUUGCUCAUUUCUGGUUCACCUUCACCAUCCCACCCUGCUUCACGGCCCCUCAUGAGCAGCGAUGACAAUAAACUGUCUUGUUUCUCACA